UUUUCAUUUAUUUUCCGGUGCUCGUGUUUCUGUGGGUACUAAAGGGAGAGAGGAAGUGAAUAAUUUAAAUGUCUCAAACAGCGAAAAGAAACGGAAGGACACAACAGCGGGUAUUGCUUGUGACCAGAAGAGUCGUUUUUUUUGGACAACUUUGUGGUGUCAGUUGUCAGUCGUGCCUUUGUUUACUAACGCUUUAUAAACGCUUUAUAAACUAGGUGUAUGAAUUAAUAGCGUUGUUUUGUUUAUGUAAGAGAUUAAGCGGUUAUGGUGCUUUAUAGGAACGAAUCUUAUGUCAGUGUGAACAAAAGAAGAUCAACGGUGUCCGUCUAUUGGGAAGAAACCGGAGUAAGUCCAUAAAGACGCGGUGUGGAUCUUUAUAUACAGUCAAGAUGGCAACAAUAAUAACAACAGCUAAAGGACUGAACACUGAAGAGACCGACACAACAAACAGCGCUACAUUGUCUACAAUGGCAGCAUCUUUAGCUUUAAACAACAGGGUUUACUCUCUGGACGACCUCGAAACAGUGGCCACUGUCGGCACAGGGACAUUCGGGCGGGUUUUUCUGGUCAAGGACAAAAAGACGAGGAGUUUCUUUGCCCUGAAAGCCAUGAAGAUUCCAGACGUCAUCCGAUUAAAACAGGAGCAGCACGUUCAUAACGAGAAGGAGGUUCUGUCGGAGGUGAACCAUCCCUUCCUCAUCCGGCUGUUUUGGACGCACCACGACGAGCGCUUCCUGUACAUGUUAUUGGACUAUGUGCCCGGCGGCGAGCUGUUCAGCUACCUGCGCAACCGUGGCCGCUUCAGCAACGGCACCGGACUGUUCUACUCAGCCGAGAUAGUGUGUGCCAUAGAGUACCUGCACUCUAAAGAGAUCGUCUACAGGGACCUGAAACCCGAGAACAUCCUGCUGGACACAGAAGGCCACAUCCGCCUCACCGACUUCGGCUUCGCCAAGAAACUUUCCGACCGGACGUGGACUCUGUGCGGCACUCCUGAGUAUUUAGCUCCAGAGGUGAUCCAGAGUAAAGGUCACGGCCGGGCGGUGGACUGGUGGGCUCUGGGGGUACUCAUAUUUGAAAUGCUGGCUGGGUACCCGCCGUUUUUCGACGACAAUCCUUUCGGCAUCUAUCAGAAGAUCCUGGCGGGAAAGCUGGAGUUUCCACGGCAUCUGGAUUUCUACGUAAAAGACCUCAUCAAGAAGUUUCUGGUGAUUGACCGAGCAAGAAGACUUGGGAAUAUGAAGAACGGAGCAGAAGACGUGAAAAAGCACAGGUGGUUUAAGACUGUAGACUGGGAUGCGGUGCCAAAUAGGAAACUAAAGCCCCCUAUAGUUCCUAAGGUAUCUCACGAAGGUGACACUUCCAACUUCGAAGCUUACCCAGAGGACGAGUGGAAAAAAGAGACUCCAGUGUCACCGAAAGACCUCGAGAUUUUCAAGAACUUUUGAAACUGGAAAACAAGGGAACCAUGUUUUCCUCCGCUGGUGCAAAAGGACCACUGCAAUCCUGGUGGCCAGUCUCGAUGCUCUCUUGUCGCAACUCGAUCGACAGCACGCAGAGUGACAGGCCAUCGUUUUUACUAUCACCAUCAUCCUGAAGAUCCUCAAGUGUGGACAGAAGGAAGCGUUUUUUAUUUGCGCUUAUGUUUGCAAAAAAAAAAAAAAAAGAAAGUAAAAAAGGCACCACUGUUUUUCCUCAAAGGUGUCUAAGCCAAGAACAUGCUAGAAGCCAGUAGUUUGAUUCGGUUUAGACGAACGCCUGUCACACUAUCAGAAACUAGCUUUCAGACGCAUCUCUCGUCUAGUUGUGGCGUCAUGCGACAUGGAAAAGCCAGAGAACCAACAACAAAGUGUUUACACUCUAAAGGUUCUUCUAAUCUAGAUGUCAGAUCAUUGUCAUAUCAAUACACAUCAUUAUCAUAUUUAAAGCUUUUCAUCAUAUGAGUAAUAAGACAAACACGAUGUGUUCAAGUAGAGAUUCACCGAUACCUUGGAUUUGUUUUGUAUUGGGUUUUUUCCAGACCAAAUAUUAAGUAAUUCUAAAAAAAAAAAAUGAGUAAUCAGUCAAUCAGGGAUGUCACUCAACCCUAAUAUUCAGCUUUAUUUCAUUUUCCUUGGGUAAUUAGUGUCCAGGAAAAGUGCACUAGUGCAUGUUCAUGAUCUUAGGCUACUAGACUUGUUCUUUAUGAGCGAGUAAGUUUGUGCAAAUAUUUAGCUACAUUAGUUACCUUGGAUGAUGUAGGGUUGAGGUUGUCUCUUUCAAGUACGCUUUACUACAGCGGUACGUAAAGAAGAUGUUUUUGUAUGUUUUCGGCUGCGUCCAAAUCCGUCAUCGCCGAGGACCAAUAAGGGCUGAUUGUCAACAACAAUACACUGGAAAAAAAGCUGAUCUUCUCAAUCAGCUAUUGGGAGGAUUCUAGCUAGUGUCCCAAAUCACAUACCCAAAGCAGUUCUUAGGUUCACAAUCGAUAGCAUAUAACGAUGUAAAGACGGCUCGUACGGGGCGCACUUAUUUCCAGGGAUUUCAGAACAGUAUAACAGAUAUUGCGUCAUCGGGUAGGCAUGGCCUAUUUGAUCAUCUAACCCUAACCGUAGUUUUUGGUUGUUUAUUGUUUUCUAAAAGAAAUCUACCCGUAUGACUGUUUUGUCCUUCGUAGGUAUGCUCUUUUUUUUUUUUUGGAAAAAGGACGUUUUUCCAAGACCUCCGGAAACACGCCCACUUUACAUCGCGGUAACGAAACCCCUGGAAUUUAGUUAACGCCUGUCUCAUACACCAGAGUCUCAUGAGCCAUCUUGAAAAUGUUUUCUCAUCCGGCGUGAGUGCCUGCUAGCCCUGCCCUUCUUCUGCUACAUAACCAAAGCUGCGAGUUGUAAGUGUAAACCUGCUACUCAAACUAUUCUCUACUACACAAAAAACAACAUUUUUUUAAAUACGUCCAGAUCGCUGUCCACAACGCAAACUAGGUUCAAACUUAGUAUCUCCUGAUACUGGAUGGUGGUAUUGGAGCUUUUUUUUUUGGAGUAUCAGACUGAUCUUAGCAUCUGUAUCGAUGCAUCUCUAUCAUAAACUCGACAAAUAUGGGUCUGAGUAUCGACGGCUUUGAUGAUUAAUAAAACGACAUGGUGCUUAUUGACUUUUUUAACCGGUAGCAUUAGUUUCCAUUGAGGUUUGAUGCGGCCUCAGUUAGGACGCUAUCCUCGUCAUCUCUGCAUGUAUGUAACGAAACUUUUAGCACUUGCCUAAGGUGGCCUUAUGUUAGGAUGCAUACAUGGAACAUUAGUUUCUUUUUAAAAAAAAAAAAAAAAGGUACUGGUGCGUUUGAACCCACUGGUGCAGUCGAAUCACUUGUUACUCUGGGAUAUAAAACCUCUGUAUAGACACGUGAGACUUAAGUGUGCUGUUAAAUUAGGUGUGUGUGUGUGUGUGUGUGUGUGUGUGUGUGUGUGUGUGUGUGUGUGUGUGUGUGUGUGUGUGUGUGU